CACUGCCUAGAGCACAACAGCCAGUUAAAUAAGUAGUAAAGCUCCCCCGUCUUCUUAAACAAACAAACAAAUAAAAAAACUUAUGUAAUUCUGCAACUAAUCUUCACUAAUCUUGAGCAAGGCAUUUAAAUCUAGGGAAUAAGCCUAUUCUUCUCCCCCCCAUCUUUGCAGUAAAAAGGGAAAAAACAGAAGCAAAGUUCACAGUGCUGUGAAUAUUCCUAUCGAGAGCAAAGUGGCAAAGGGGCCCAAGUCUGCUCCAAAGCAAACUCUCCUGUCCUGCCAUUUCCCAUGCACAGCCACUGAGGACCUUAAGAGAAAAGCUUCUUUCAGACUGAUUAUCACUUGCUCUUAGUUAAAGCAUGGAAAUCUCUACUCUCACAAUGUACCAUUGCCUUGCUUUUGUCUGGUAUUUUUUUGUCAUCUAUUCAAUCACAUGUCUAAGAACAGAAGAACAGCCAUCUGAAGUGUUCCUUUACGGUGGCCAGUGGAAAUAUUUGACAGUCCUCAAUCUGGUUUUGCAGGCUGUCUUCUAUGGGGUGUCCUUCCUGGCUGAUGUGUUGAGACUAAUUAAGAAACUGCGAUGUGCUAAGUGCAUAAUUUCCAGCAGAGACCUUCUUUUCAGUGUCCUGGCUUUCCCAGUGUCCACAUUUGUGUCUAUAUCCUUUUGGACACUGUAUACCUACAACCGAGAGCUAGUUUACCCCAAAAGCCUUGAUGGAAUCAUUCCACUCUGGUUAAAUCACGCUAUGCACAUUGCAAUAUUGCCAGUUGCUCUCCUGGAAAUCCUUGCCACACCUCAUCGCUACCCAGCAAAGAAGAAGGGAUUGAUCCUAUUAGGAUGUGCUGCUUUUCUUUAUAUCAGUUGGGUCCUGUGGAUCUAUUUUGUAACCGGAGAGUGGAUAUACCCUCUCUUUGCUUCCUUCAGCCCAGCUGGGCUAGGAGCCUUUUUCAUUGGUAACCUUGCCAUCAUCGUCUGUUUCUACAAUUUUGGAGAGUUUCUCAACCGUAUGAUAUGGGGAGAUUCAAUAGUAAUACUGGACUACAAGCAGAAAGGCAAGUGAAUGCUCCUUUUCAAGCCAAUCUCUCCAUGAAUGCUGAAGUCAUGAAGUAGUGCAAAAUAAAUGCAGCUGUGAUCAAUUCUUUCUCCAAUGCACU